AUGGAUGCCCUACAAUUCCCUCCCUCAAAAUCCACUUUUUUGCAGCCGUAUACCCCACGGCAUGACUCAAAUAAUGACCUCCCAUACACAACACUCACCUUCGCUACCUCGCUAGAUUCCUCUCUAGCACUCUCCCCAGGAACCCGCACAGUUCUGUCUGGUCCUGAAUCUAAAUCAAUGACACAUUAUCUCCGCUCUCGCCAUGAUGCAAUCCUCAUUGGUGUUGGGACAGUCGUUGCGGACAAUCCGGGCUUAAAUUGUCGAAUCGAGGGUGUGGGUGGGUAUGGAGGGGAAGGUCUACAAGGCCAACCACGGCCCAUUGUACUCGAUCCGUCCGCGAGGUGGGAGUUUAAUGAGGAAUCAAAGAUUCUUAUCCUUGCUAGAGAGGGUCGGGGUCGCGCUCCUUGGAUAAUCAGUGGGUCUGGGGCUUCAAUCUCCAAAGAGAAACGGGAUCGUCUGGAGAGACACGGAGGGAAAUUUAUAUCUCUUGACAUAGCUGAAACCAAGGAAUUUAGCUGGAGUGAUUUGCUACGAUGUCUGAAGAGGGAGGGUCUCCAGAGUGUUAUGAUUGAAGGGGGAGGCUCGGUUAUCAAUUCCCUCCUUGAACCGCGGUUUCAGCACCUGGUCAACUCUGUAAUCAUCACGAUUGCUCCUACUUGGCUGGGUCAGGGAGGUGUGAUUGUCUCUCCGAAGCGGAGAUUUGAUGAGACUGGCACCGCGAUUGCAGCCUCACGGCUUAAAGAUGUGCAGUGGCAUCCUUUUGGUGAGGAUGUUGUUCUCUGCGGAAGGAUUGGACAAUGA